CCUUCUAUCCCAUUUACUCCUCUCACCUAUCCAGUUUCUCUCUCUCUAUUUCUCUCUCUAGAAUGAAAUCCUCCUCCUCCUCCUCCGUCGUGUCUGAGGCGGUGUGAUCGAGGUUUUGAAUGGAGAUUUCGGAUGCUAAUUGAAGGACGGAUUUGUUGAUGGUCGAUCGGUGCAAUUGCAAUUCAUCAAUGGCUGUUGCAUCCCCACCGCCUCACGCCGCCGCCGAGAAGAGGCACUGGUGGCUCACUAACAAAAAGAUGGUGGAGAGGUACGUGAGGGAGGCGAAAAUGCUGAUUGCGACGCAGGAGCAAACCGAUAUUGCGGCGGCGCUAAGGCUCCUGGAGGCGGCGCUUUCCAUGGCGCCGCGUGUGGAGGUUGCGCUGGAGCUGAAGGCGCGCUGUUUGCUGCAUCUCAGACGGUUCAAGGAGGUAGCCGAUAUGCUGCAGGAUUAUAUUCCCAGCGUAAAAAUGGCGAUCCCCGACGAAUCGACGUCGUCUGGAUCAUCGGAUAAUUCGUCGACUCAGUGGUCUCGGGAGCGAGUCCGGCUUCUUUCCUCCACCGGUGAACCGUUGAAUGAGAGAGAACCUGCUUGCAAGUGCUUCUCCGUCUCGGAUUUGAAGAAGAAGGUGAUGUCUGGACUCUGCAACAAUGCAGAGAAGGAGCAACAAUGGAGGUACACAGUUUUAGGCGAAGCAUGUUGCCAUCUAGGUUUAAUGGAAGAUGCGAUGGCCCUCCUCCAGACCGGAAAACGCCUCGCCACCGCCGCAUUCCGCCGGGAAAGCAAUUCCCUGACCGACGACAUCUUCUCCUUCAACAAAUUCCCAUUAUCAGGUCCUAAAUUCAUCACCAACCAGCCUUGUACCACCCCACCCAAAACAGAGUCCGAAAGCAUCUCCCACCUCCUCUGCCACAUCAAACUCCUCAUCCGCCGCAAGACUGCCGCCAUCGCAGCCCUCGAUGCUGGCCUCUACUCCGAGGCCAUAAGACAUUUCUCCAAAAUUCUCGACGGCCGCCGCGGCGCUCCACAGGGAUUUCUAGCCGAGUGCUAUGUUCGCCGAGCAUCGGCGUAUCAAUCUGCAGGGCGAAUAGCAGAGGCAAUAGCAGAUUGCAACAGAGCUCUGGCGCUAGAAACCUCCUCCAUUGAAGCCCUCACCAUCAGAGCAGCAUUGUUCGAAACCAUAAGAUGUUUGCCUGACAGUCUCCACGAUCUGGAGCAUUUGAAGCUCCUCUACAAUUCGAUCCUGCGCGAUCGGAAGCUCCCCGGCCCCGUCUGGAAGCGUCAACAUAUUCAGUACAGGGAGAUACCUGGAAAGCUCUGCUCCUUAGCUGCCAAAACACAGCAACUUAAGCAAAGGGUAGCUGCCGGCGAAACCGGGAACGUAGACUAUUAUGCAUUGAUCGGAUUGAGAAGGGGAUGCUCCCGAUCAGAACUGGAAAGAGCCCAUUUGCUGUUGACAUUGAAACACAAGCCUGAUCGAUCCUCGAGCUUCAUUGACAAGUGCGAAUUUGCUGAUGAGAAGGAGGUGGAUUCAGUUAGAGACAGGGCAAAAAUGUCUGCUUUACUUCUGUACAGAUUGAUUCAAAGAGGGUAUACAAGUUUGAUGUCUACAGUCCUGGAUGAGGAAGCCGUCGACAAGCAGCGGAAGAAGGCCCCAAUUCCGGGGCCGGCGGCAGCCGCCAUCAGAUCUGAUCCAAAUAAUGAGAGGAGUGAUGAGAACAGCAGCAACAAGGCUAGCAUUGCAACAGCAGCAGUAUAUCAGGGAGUGUUCUGCAGGGACCUUGCAGUGGUAGGGAAUUUGCUUUCCCAGACAGGUUUUAACCGUUCAAUUCCAGUGAAAUAUGAGGCUUUAAGCUGCUGAUUAAGUUAAGUAAGUUUACUUUACUGUUGUGAGCAUAAUAAUAAUAAUAAUAAUAAUAAUAAAUGAUGAUGAUGAUAGUAAUAAUUGUUAUUAUACCCUGUGAAAAGUAUUUGGAAUGGAAAGGGGGAAAGAGGGAAUGUGAUUCUUGGGGGGAGGUGGUGUAGUGUACAAAUUGGAGAAGUUUCUAUUGCUAUGCUACUACUGCACAGGGGAAAAUUUUGUUGCUAGUACCAAUCCAAUCCAAUCAUGUCUUUUCUGUUUUUGUUUGCCUUCUUUUUUCUGGUUUUCUAUUUUGGUACUUUGUACAGAUUUUAUUUAAAGCACUUGUGUGUGGACAUGUGUUUUCUGAUCUGAAUUAAUGAUAAUAAUCUUGGGUGUUAGGCUUAGAA